GUCGGAGUCGGGCACGCGGCGCGCGGGGAAGUGUGUGUCGCGCGCGGCCGAUCCGGGUGUUUUUUUUUAAAGAUUGUUUUCCGCUCUCGGUUCAAAGCUUGCCCGGUUUUGGCGGUGGUGGCUCUGGGCCUCGGUGCUGCCUCUCUCUGGGAUCCGAGUACACAGUACCCCCUGCUCCGAGCUCCCUGCCAGCCCGCCCGGCCGACCCUCGACCGCCUCUCUUCCCCCCCUCCCGCCCCCCACUCACACGGCCCGCACCAUGGCGGCAGAGGCGGGGGCUGCCAGUGGCUUCGGUCCCGGACCCGGUCCCGGCCCGGGCCCCGGCGCCGAGCGGAUGCUCCGAGGGCUGAAGCGGGACGAGCGAGAGGCGGCGGCGGCUGAGGCCAAGAGACAGCGGCUGGAACCGAGCCUGAACUCGGGGGAGAAUGGGAUGAGCAGCGAGGCCGUGGCUCAGAGUGAAGUUUUGACCCAGGGAUACCUACCUUAUAUGAAGAGUCAGGAUUCAACAUUGGAGUUCAAAGAUUGUGCAGAGCGGACUGACCUUAUGGGUAGCCAGGAGCCAGCAGCCACCCCAGAUGCUAUGGUACAGCCGUACGCUACAGUUCCAUUCCCUCCCCCUCCUCCACCACCACCUCAGAAUGGAAUUCCAACAGAAUACACUGUUCCACACACUCAGGACUACACAGGCCAGACGCCAGUCCCAGAGCACACUCUGAAUAUCUACGCAUCCAGUCAGACUCUUGGGGAGCAGAGUGGCACAAUUGCCAAUGUGCAGCCUGUAUCUGGAACUGCCACACAAACAGAUGAAGCAGCACAGACGGACGGGCAACAGCAAACACAGAGUACAGAGAGCAGUGAGAGCAAACCCAUCCCUAAACGGCUCCAUGUGUCCAACAUUCCCUUCCGGUUCCGCGAUCCUGAUCUCAGGCAAAUGUUUGGGCAAUUUGGUAAAAUCAUAGAUGUAGAAAUUAUAUUUAAUGAGCGUGGCUCAAAGGGAUUCGGGUUCGUAACUUUCGAAUCUAGUGCUGAUGCCGACAGGGCGAGGGAGAAAUUACACGGCACGGUGGUUGAGGGCCGUAAAAUAGAGGUAAACAAUGCCACAGCUCGAGUGAUGACUAAUAAGAAGAUGGUCAGCCCUUAUGCAAAUGGCUGGAAGCUGAGCCCUGUGGUCGGUGCUGUCUACAGCCCUGAAUUUUAUGCAGGACCUGCAUCUUUAUCAUCUUUACCCUUUCACCUACACCCUGUUGCCUCUACAGCACUCAGCCCAACACACAAUGUUCCUGGUUUCCCAUAUCAAGCAGCCACCACCGCAGCUGCAUUGAGAGGUGCCCUGAGAGGACGGGGUCGUGCAGUCUACAGUGCAUUCCGUGCAGCAGCACCCCCUGCCGCCAUUCCGGCCUACGGAGGAAUAGUGUAUCAGGAACCAGUGUAUAGCAGUAAGUUACCGCAGGGUGGGUAUGCAGCCUACAGGUAUGCACAGCCAGCAACUGCUACAGCCACUGCAUACAGUGACAGCUAUGGGCGUGUUUACACUGCGGACCCCUAUCACACACUCGCUCCUGCUCCCACCUACGGAGUUAGCGCUGUGGCUAGUUUAUACCGAGGUGGAUACAGUCGUUUCGCUCCCUACUGAAAGUGAUGUGAACUCCUGCAAUGGGAACAGCCCCUUCCCAAGGCCUGGGUGUUGCAAUAUUACAAGUAGUGGAACUUUAUAGCAACUCAACAUGAAAAAAAAUACACGAGAAAGCGAGGAAAUCAUUACACGAGAGAGAGAGAGAGAGAG